AUGAUCGCGACCGGAGGGCUCCUGCGGAUCAACGCCCGGCGACAGGACUCGUUGAGGUCCAAACCACACAAACCACACACAAACAAGAGGAAGAACAAGAAAAAGAGGAGGAGUGAGGUAGUGGUGGUCAAGGGGAAGUUGAAGCUGUGCUCAGUCUCGGGUCUCAUGGCGGCACUCGGUGUCCUUGUUCUGCUGGUUGGCGUGGUCAUGGCAGCUCUGGGCUACUGGCCCCGAGACGGACUGUUCUUCAGCGCUCAGCCACAUGAGGGCGCUGCAAUGGCCUCAGUGUCAUCCAUCAGCUCCACACCUGAACCUGCUGAUGCUCAGAAAGUCUUCCACAACAGUCUAUUGGACUAUUUCCAGGGAGGAGAGAGGGGGAAGGAACUCCAAGGAGAUGAAAGGGACGACAGAGGAGGAGGAGACGAAGGAGAUGAUGGAGGAGAUGAAGGACGCGAUGAUAGUGUUAAUCGAACAGAAACUGUCAAUGGGUCGACCCAACAACUUCCACGAGGCUUUCUGGAGGAUUUUCUGGACAGGUAUCUGUACUCUGAUAGGCUGAAGGUCUUCGGUCCUCUCAUCAUGGGCAUUGGUAUUUUCCUCUUCAUCUGUGCGAACGCUGUCCUGCACGAGAACCGGGACAAGAAGACGAAGGUCAUCAACCUGAGGGAUAUUUACUCAACCGUCAUCGACCUCCACAGCCUCCGCAGACCCAACACCUCCUCAUCCUGCUCUGACCGCCACUCCUCGGCCAAUCCCCUCAAUGGCCUUGUUAACUAUGUCCAAUCAAAGAGCCUGGAGUCCAAACCCAGGGCUUACCCUGCCUCCCUGUUGACCAGAAGGGAAGGAGGGGGAGGAGAGGGAGGAGAUGGGGUAGAUGGGGUGUUGUCAAGGCAACAGUUGCAUGGCACCGACAGAGGAGGAGGUGGGGGCGGUAAUGGAAGAGGAGACACAGUCUUCAGUAUCUACCAGGAGAACCCAGAUGUUUCUCCUCCCCCCUCUUCCUCCGACAGACUCUCCCUCCCCCGGAGCUUCAGCCCACCUCCCGUCCCCACCGGCUGGAACUCCCUGCAGAAGGAGGAGCUCAGCUCCUUCACCCUACCCCUGCGCCGCCCACGCCCGCCCACCCCCCGCAGGAGGCACUCGGCUCGGGCCAGGACGGGCUGGCACUGGCGGGAGGGUGGAGGAGGAGAGGAGGCGCACGGGAGGGAGGGGAGCGGCAACAGACCGGAGGAUGCAUGUCCACCACCUUCUCUGUGCUCCUCCACUUCGUCCGCACCUAGAGCUUUCCAGGAGGUGCCGUCGGCAGCUUCCUGCAGCUCCUCCAGCCUCCAUAGGGAGCUCUCCUCCUCCUCGUCCACACCGGCCCCCCCCUACAGGAGGCGGAGCCUGCCAACUGGCAGCGUCAUAAUAGGUUACAGCAAACUGAUGCACGGAGAGGACGAAUUAUUUGAGUCGACUGAGAUUACAUCAUUACAUCAUGUGACUUCAUACAGGGGGGGGUCUAAGGUCAGAGGAAGUGACAUCACAGAGGAUGUACUCUAAUAGGGAGAAGCUGAGGAUGAUCUCACAGGUGGAUUCUGGUCUGAGGAAGGAGGAGGAGGAGGGCUGAGAAGAUGUGACAACCAAUCAGGGGCUGACUCAGUGAAUGACAGCACAACUCUGAAGUCAUGUGACUUUUUAAUGACAGCAGUGUUAUAUCACAAAGAUUCUCUGUAAACAUGAAGGAUGUUCCUGUUGAUUCUGGAUCUAAAAUCAAAACAGUUACUGAGAGUAAACAGCUUCUUUAUUUAAACUCCUCCGAUGAUGAUGAAGAAGAUGAAGAUGGUGAUGAUGAUCAAGAUGAUGAUGAUGAUGAUGAAGGCGUCUCUGCUGCAGGACCAUGAUGAUUAAAGGAACCCAUCAAACGCCUGAAAAUGUUGUAGCAAUAAAGAGUCUUCCAGAUGAAUGAUUGACAGCACAACAUUAAUGAACCGAUUAACUUAGUUUAAUUUGCAUCAAUCAGCUUGUCUGCUGCUGACCACAGAGACGUUGGAAUGUUUUAUACUGAAUCACGAUGUGUCCAACAACUUACAUCCAUCUGCACGUCAAGUAACGACGAGACCACCUGGAGGACAAGUGGAGCCAUGGCAGGAAAGGAGUUCAAGUCCAAGGAGCAAAA